GGUUGGUUACAUGGGUAUUAUUAACGAUUAGGAUAAAAACGCGUGUUACUUAAAACACUCUCCUCCUCGUUUCCAUCUCCUUCACUUUCUCUAACGCCUCCUAUAACUACUCUUACUUUUGUGGAUCUUAGGGGUGUGCACUGUGCUUCAUCAUCUCCUCUUCCUUUCGUCUACAUUUGUUUCUUGACUUACACGUUUAUCAGAAACCUAACAAUGAGCCAACCUCCCGUCGGUGUUCCUCCUCCUCAAGGUUAUCCGCCCGAGGGAUAUUCGAAAGAUGCUUAUCCACCGCAAGGAUAUCCUCCUCAGGGCUAUCCGCCGCAAGGCUACCCUCCGCAGCAAGGAUAUCCGCCGCAAGGCUACCCUCCACAAGGCUAUCCACCGCAGCAAGGCUAUCCACCGCAGCAGGGCUAUCCUCCGCAAGGUUAUCCUCCUCCUUAUGCGCCUCAAUAUCCUCCGCCACCACCGCAGCAGCACCAGCCACAAAAGUCCGGUCCUGGGUGUCUAGAAGGAUGUCUUGCUGCUCUGUGUUGUUGCUGUCUCUUGGAUGCUUGCUUCUGAUUGGAGUAUGUGCUCUCAGAGCUGUUGAUUUGUUUGCAAGAAAACUGUUUAGCAACACAAGAACCUUAAGUAAUUUAUGGGAUAUAAAAUGAUGGAUUGCUGAUACUAUAAUCUCUUGUCUAUUCGCUUUCUUUCGUUUCUGUUUUUGUCUCCUUGAGUUCAUAAAUUAUGUUUCUAUCCACGUUCUAGCUCAGGUUUGGAUUUGAGACUAAUGGGAAUGUAAAUUGGUUGGUAUGAAUACACUACUAUUCCUUUGCCUCAGUCUAUUGCUUUCU